GGAACCUGGACCGCCGGUCCCCUGGAGCCAACUGUCGUGACCCUCGCAAUGAUGUUUUCGUUCUAUCAGUUUAUCCUUUCUGGCGCGUACGCGUUACUGCGGUUGAGUUAAAGUACUCUUAAGUGGCGAUUCUCCCUCAAUUGUUGCUCCGUUUCCUUCCCACUUCCCUCAGCGCCAAUUGUCGCGCGCCAGGAGUCGGUCAAGAUGAGGACGAAGUCGUUUCUCCUGACACUCUCUGCCUUCUGCUCCUCGGUCACAGCAUUCGGUCAAAAUGCGACAGUCACGACGAAGCCGUCGCCGGGCUUGCUGCAAUUAGCUGGAUCUGGAAUCGAUGGGCAAAUACUGGUCAGCGCCAAUGACUGGUGGGGAGUGAUUCGAGCAGCUCAAGAUCUGGCCAUAGAUUUUGGGAAGGUUACGGGCAAGAACCUGACGUUGGGCAAUUGGCAGGGGAGUGUUAUACCUGGAAUUGGGAAUUAUUCAAAACGCACGGAGAAUGUUCGCAGGGAUCCAGAUCCUCAAUGGGAUUGGUGGAAUGGACCUCCUCAUCCCCCACACAGAGGAGAUGGUGGACCAAAUGGAGGUUCAUGGAGUCCCCGACAGGCGCCACCGCCGAGUGCCCCGCAUAAUACUACAGCUGGCUCACCUACAUCGAGCAAGACGACCGUGUAUUAUAUGUACCAACCAACGACGAACUUCGUCAAUUACACUGUGGGACCAGCCGAAAAUUUCACAGGACCAACUCUCAUUAACAAUUCCACGCUCAAAACAGUAAUUAUCGCGGGUACAAUCGGCAAGUCGGACGUGAUCAACGCUCUACUUGUUGCCCAGAAGUUCAGCGAGCUGCAAAUUCGCGGGAAAUGGGAGUCAUACAUCACUCAUGUCGUCGACAAUCCUUUCCCGGGCAUUGACAGAGCGCUCGUCAUCGCAGGAAGCGACAUGAGAGGCACGAUCUAUGGUCUCUAUGACGUGAGCGAGCAAAUUGGAGUCUCUCCCUGGUGGGAUUUUGCAGAUGUUCCGAUCAAGAAGUUGGCAGGCGUUUGGGCGCUCGAGGGGAGGAAGACGCAGCGCUCGCCGAGCGUCAAGUACAGGGGAUUCUUCAUUAAUGAUGAGCAGCCUGCUUUGACUAAUUGGAUCAACGAUAAUUAUGCUCCCGGUCCUUACGGCGCCGGAUUUAAUCACUACUUCCAUGCACGAGUUUUCGAGCUAUUGCUCAGACUCAAGGCUAAUUACUUCUGGCCGGCCGAGUGGUCCAGUAUGUUUAAUGUGGACGAUACUGCCAACCAGCCGCUGGCUGAUGCGUAUGGAAUUGUGAUGGGAUCAAGUCAUACUGAACCCAUGAUGCGGGCAUCCAAUGAGUGGCCAACAUUCGGCACACAGUACGGAGGCAACGGCCAAUGGGCAUACAACUCCAACAACGUAUCCAUUGAGAAAUUCUUCCGCUACGGCGCUCAGCGGGCCAAACCAUACGCAGCAAGCAGUCUGUUCACCAUGGCGAUGCGCGGGAGCGGCGACACCGCAAUUGGCCUGACUGAUGAGCAAGCGAUCGUUGUGGUGGAAAACGUCGUCAAGGCGCAGAUUAAGAUCUUGACUGAAGUCUUCAGUGGAACAAAUGUAACGGAGAUACCCCAGAUGUGGUGUUUGUACAAGGAAGUGCAAGGGUAUUACGAGCAGCAGGGGUUGACAAUUCCCGAUCACGUUACACUUUUGUGGGCAGAUGAUAAUUGGGGGAAUAUCAGGAGGCUGCCGCUUGCUAAUGAGACGGGGAGGUCGGGUGGGGCUGGUGUCUACUAUCAUAUCGAUUAUGUGGGAGAUCCAAGGGAUUACAAGUGGAUCAAUACCAUACAGCUUGAGAAAACCGUGGAACAGAUGCAACUUGCAUACGCAAGAUCAGCAGACCGUAUAUGGGUUCUCAACGUUGGGGACAUCAAGCCUCUGGAAAUCCCCAUCAGCCACUUUUUGGAUCUGGCCUACGACACUCCGAAGUGGAGCUAUGAUAGUGUUCCGGAUUGGCUCAGCCAAUGGGCAACCCUCUCCUUUGACGCAGAACACGCCGACGGCAUCGUCUCGGUCCUCGAACGAUACGGCAUGUACGCUGCACGACGCAAAUAUGAGCUCAUGGAUCCCAGCUUCUACAGUGUCAUCAACUACAAUGAAGCCGAUGCUGUCCUAGCUCAGUGGCAAAAGCUGGCCAAUGAUGCGCAGGGGAUAUAUGAUGAUCUGGACGAGGAGUACCAAGCUGCUUUCUAUGAGAUGAUUCUACAGCCAGUCCUUGGUGGUCAAGUCGUGUAUCAAAUCUACAUCAAUGCGGCGAAGAAUGAGCAAUAUGUGGCGCAGAAGAGAAGUUCGGCUAAUGACAAGGCGAUGGAUGUUUUGGAUUACUUUAAACAGGAUGCAGAAUUGACGCAGAGAUAUCAUGAAUUGUUGGAUGGGAAGUGGAAUCAUAUACUUGAUCAAACCCAUCUGGGAUAUCGGGGAUACUGGCAACAGCCAAUGCGCAACACGGCUCCUCCUCUAGCCUUCGUCCAGAAGCUUGAAACAUCCAUUGGAGGAAACCUUGGUGUUGGAGUCGAAGGAAACAAUUCCACGGUCUCUGGCGACGAUGUCUACCAUGACAACUCAAAAAACACUCUCGUUCUUCCGCCCAUGGAUCCAUAUGGACCCAAAACUCGUUGGAUCGACAUCUUCUCUCGCGGUAUGGAUGGCUGUCAAUGGAACGUCACGCCCUGGACAGACUACGUAAGAGUCUCACCCGUAAGUGGCUUCACAGGAGGCGACAACGGCACAGACACCCGCGUUUUCGUCUCAAUCGACUGGGCCAAAGCCCCCGCAGCCCUCAACACCACCACCAUAAACAUGAACAUCUCCUCUUCCUGCGGCAAGAAAUGGGGCAGCUACAACGCCCCCAUGGUGCAAGUGCCCGUGCAAAACGUCGCCAUCCCUUCCGAUUUUGUCGGCUUCGUCGAGAGCGACAAGCACAUAUCCAUCGAAGCCGAGCACACCACGCGCAACACUUCCAUCAAUAACAUCUCGUACUCUACACUGCCUUCCCACGGCCGCACCCUGUCCGGCGUGACGCUGAUGCCUGUGCUCGCGCCUUCGCAGCCAGCUGGCACGGGACCAGUACUCGAAUACGAUAUCUACACAUUCACCAAUGUCUCAAAAGCUAAUGUAACCCUCCUCAUCUCUCCCUCGCAGAACCAAAACGGUGCUUUACGACCUCUCAAGUAUGGCGUCGCCUUCGAUGCCGACAUCCCGCAAACAAUCCAGUUUGUAGGCAACUACACCGGCGGCGGAUACCCUCCCGGCUGGCUUGGAGCAGUCGCAGAUGCGAUUUGGGGUCUGAGUUCGAGCGGGAAUACGACGACGACCAUGCAUAACUUGAGUAAGACGGGGAAGCAUACGCUGAAGGUUUGGGCGGUGGAGCCGGGCGUGGUGAUCCAGAAGAUUAUUGUUGAUUUGGGGGGGUUGAGGCAUAGUUACCUGGGCCCGCCGGAGAGCUUUCGGGCGGGGGUUGAUAAGGUGGAGACGUAUGAUGGCACGAACUUUGCGGGGAUUGCGGUGGAGGAUGUUAUUUAGGUGGGAGGGAGAUAAAUAGGGUAGUUAUUUGGUAAUAUUAAAUGGCAUUCCUUUGUUUAUUUGGUGUCUUGUUCUACGAGCUAUGUCUUAAACAUGCGAGAUGCAUUCGUUGAUAUAGAUUUUUGAGAAAGGGAGGGAAGGGGCAAUCGGGUCUUGAGAGAGAUAGGCGAAGUCAUAAGGGGAGACAUCGAGGCGAAGACCAGCCAGUGCUACAGGUACUCGAAGGGUAGGAAGUGGGAGGAGAACUGUUCUGCUGUGCUGAAUAGUCUUUCGUCAAAUAUCGGAUUCCCAAAUCCCAUGUGAGGACCAGGGCUUAAUACUUCAUUUGUCUCAAUUGUACCUCACUAUUUUAUCACAGCUUAGUCCUAAGAAAUGGGGGUGUUAGCUGAAUUUGACGUGCCUUGCUCAGGUCUGCGUACUUACAGUAUAUGCGCUUACUGGACGCUCUUGUCCUUGCCCUUUCUCUCUCGGCGAGGUUGGAG